UCUGUUUUCCUUUGUACUAAUCUUACCAAAUAUGGACAACAAAUCUUAUGGGUUCAUCUCUGAGCUGACCUUGGAUACUUUUGUUAUUCCGCCAGGGGGAAAGUACCCCAUCUUUCUUCUUGGUAUCAUGAUUUAUUUUUCUGGCAUUAUUUGCAACCUGAUCUUGUUGACUUUGAUCAUUAUGAAGAGGAACCUUCACAAACCCAUGUACUUCAUCCUGUUAAGUCUCCCCCUCAAUGACCUGAUUGGUAUAUCUGCAAUGUUGCCAAAAGUACUGUCAGACAUUGUCACGGAGACAAAUACGGUUUACUAUCCUCUCUGUGUUUUACAAGCCUUCUUGCUCCACAUGUAUGGUGGUGGGAUUUUGUUUAUUCUCGCAGCGAUGUCCUUUGAUCGUUAUGUUGCCAUCUGCAUGCCGUUACGUUACAGCUCUGUCAUGACCCCCAGGGUUCUUAUUUGUAUUAUCGCUCUAGUUUGGGGUCUUGACUUUGUCUUGAUCGUGUCACUGUUCUCUUUACAGACACGGCUUCCAAGGUGCAAAUCUGUUAUUAUGAAUGUGUUCUGUGACAACCCAUCUCUACUAAAGCUCUCGUGUGAAAACACGACGGUCAAUAACAUCUUAGGACUGUUUAACACAGCUGUCAUGCAAGCUGUGAGUCUGUCUGUUCAGACAUUUUCCUAUGUGAAGAUUCUCAUCACGUGUGUGCUCACAAGGAGGUCUGAAGUAAAGACGAAAGCUGUCAACACGUGCUUUGCACAACUGGUUAUAUUGAUUAUAUUUGAGAUUGUGGGAACUUUCACAAUUUUAUCUCACAGAAUCAAAAAUGUCUCCACUGACUUGCAAAAGAUAAUGGGCAUGCUAAUAUUUCUUGUACCCCCACUUCUGAAUCCAAUUGUAUAUGGGCUGUAUACAAGUGAAAUAAGAAGCACACUGCUGAGAGUCAUAAAAAAUAGAGUAGCCAUCUAAAUCUUUACAAA